GUUCUUUCCAUUUCUCUCUCUCCCACCCCCCCCUUUCUGCUUCCCUCCCUCCUUUUUUUCCUCCCUCCCUCUACCAGUCUCUCCCGCGUCUCCCCCGUCUGUCCUGCUCGUCUCCGAGGCAGCGGCUCCCCCCGCGCAUGCUCCAUCGGAGGGCGCGGGCUGACAGCUGCGCUCGGCGCCAGCCGGGGCACCGGAGGAAGCAGCGCAGCGGCGACCGCGGGAGCGGGGCGCAGGGCACUGGGCACUGGGCACGGGUGAGACGGGCGCUGCUCCCGGACCUCAGUGGAGGCGGCCUGAGAAGGAGAAGGGGCUGCUCCAAGGGGGCACAGAACCACUGGACAGCUGUUGGAUAGACUAUGGCCAAGAGCUUAUGGGAAAAUGGGCAGCACUAAAGAAACAGCCAGCCUGCAGUUGUUGCAUCAAGAACCUGGGCCCCAUCUGCCACAGGUAGCUCAGUCUGCCCCUCUCUGUGAUCAGGCUAGGAGCUGCCAAACUGUGGACCUGGCCAUGAGGAACUGCUGUGUGAGUGAAUUGGGCCUCCCCAGUGAAGCAGCUAGCUCUGAGCUCCGAAGUCAGCCCAAGAACGAGCCCUCAGAGGUGAGUCUGGGACCUAGCUCCUCCAUUGAUCCUGCAGAAUUGACAUCUGGACCAGAGAAACAAUUACCACUGAAUCCAAAAGAACUGGAUCCUAGUGGAAGCUCCUUGGUUUGCUCCUCUGAUUCCAAGUGCUCCAGUUCCAAUCCUUCCUGGGCCACCAGGGAAAAGGAGGAGCCAGGGAAAGAGGCCACAUCAGGACCACCAGCAGGGUCCUCCCAAGAAGAGGCUAAAACAGAGACUUCAAGUCUGCUGUCAGCUUCAAUCUCAGGGAAGCCAGAUCCUGUGUCCUGUGAGAAAAAGGAUCCCUCAUCCUUGGGGAAAAUAGAUUCUGUGACUAUGAAGAACAUGGACCCCACAUCCUCGGGGAAAAAAGAUUCCAUUUCUAUGGGGAUAAAGGAUUCCUUGUCCUCAGAAAGAUCAGACCCUGCAUCCUUGAAGGAUGGUCCUGUGUCAUUGCAGAAAGGAGAUCCUGUAUCCUCAGGGAAAGUGGAUCUCUUAACCCAAGAGAAAGCAAAUCCUAAUGCCAUAGGAAGGAUGGAUCUCAUUUCUUUAGGGAAAGCAAAUCCUUCAUGCUCAGAGAAGGCAAACUCCAUAACUUCUGGGAAAACAGAUACCCCCUUACUAGGGAAAGUAGAUUCUCUGCCCUUGGGGAAGGAAGAUGCCACUGCUUUAGGAAAGACAGAUUCUUUGUCUUCAGGGAAAGUAGAUUCCGUGGUCUCAGGGAAGACAAACUCCACAACCAUGGUGAAAGAGGACCCUGGGCCUUUGGAGAAGGAAAAUAUCAUUGCCUCAGAAAAGGCAGAUCCCAUGCCUGCAGGGAAGAUCCACCCUAUGUCUUUAGGGAAGGCAGAUUCCACAUCUCUGGGAAAAGUGGAGCCUAUGUCUUUAGACAAGGCAGAUCCUAUGUCCUCUGGGGAGGUGGAUCUCACAUCCUUAGAAAAGGUUGAUCUAGUGUCCUUGGGAAAGGCAGCUUCCAUUUCUCCAGAGAAAGUGGAUUCUGGACCUUUGAGAAAUGUGGACCCCAUCUCCUCGGGAAAAGCAGAUCCUGCUUUCUCACAGAAAAUAAAACCUAUUCCCUCAGGAAAGGUAGAACCUGUGCUCUCAGGGAAGACAGAUUCCACACCUUUGGGAAAGACAGAUCCCAUGUCCUUGAGAAAGGAAGAUCCCAUGUUUUUAGGGAAAGCAGAUUCUGUCCCCUUGGGGAAGGUGGAUCAUAUUCCCUUAGACAAGGUGGAACCCAUGUCCUUGGGGAAGACAAAUUCUGGCUCCUUAGGAGAAGUGAAUCUUGUUCCCUCAGACAAGAUAGAUCCCAUGUCCUUGGAGAAGAAAGACCCAGUAUCUUCAGGGAAAACAGAUUCUAGGGUCUUGGAAAAGAUAAUUCCUAUACCCUUGGAGAAGGAAGAAAGAACAUCCUCAAGGAAGGGAGACUCUAUGUCUUCAGAGAAAAUGGAUCCUCUGUCCUUGAAGAAGAUAGAUCCCAGCUCUUUGGAGAAGGUAAAUCCCAUGUCUAUGGUGGAUCUGGAUGCUAUGUCUUUGGGAAAAACAGAUCCCAUAUCCUCUAAGAAGUCUCCAGCCUCAAGAGAACUUCUCCCAGAAAAUUCCAAUUGGAGUCCAGCUUACCCUAAACCCAAGGCAAUGCCUUCCUCUGACUCCCAGCAGUUGAACAAAGAAACGGCUAUUUGUGGAGGACCCCAGGACACCCAGCCUGACUUCAGCCAUAAGGCAACAGCAGUUCUCACCACUGGGGCUGAGACCCCCUCAGUGAAGGUCCCUGAGACGCAAGCAACCACAGAGAAAUCUCAAAAAACUGUGUCUGUGUCCCCAAGUCAGGGAUGGCCAUCAGGGCACUCUCCAAAAUCAGCCCUGCAGAAGAUGAGCUCAGCUGAGCCAGCCACGGCCAGAGCAGAGGAAAUCUCACUGACCCGAGAGGAGAUCCAGGAGCUUCCUGAAGCCCCACAGAAAGGAGUGGGCCCAACCCCAGCCAGGGAAGUCAGGACUAGGGAUAAUUUCACCAAGGUACCAUCCUGGGAUGUGAGCACUCCACAGCAGGACGCUGGCACCCAGGCAGAUACACGUGCUGUCUGUGUGUCCGUGGCAGUGAGCCCCAUGACUCCCCAGGAUGGCUCAGGCCCCAUGACCUUCAGUUUCCAGCCCACUGCCCGGAAUGUUCCAGCUUCCCGGAGUCCCGGCCCACUGCUAUCUAAGAAGGAUGUGGAAAUGCAGGUGUCCAUGGGUGUGGAGACCCGGUCGGUAGCCACUGGCCCCAUGACCCCAGUGACCAUGUCUCCCCAAGCCUCCUACCCAGAAGUGCAGGUGCGAGCAGCUGAGGAAGCUCCUGAGCCUGUGCGGGAGGUCAGCUGGGAUGAAAAGGGCAUGACAUGGGAGGUGUAUGGGGCUUCCAUGGAGGUAGAGGUGCUAGGCAUGGCCAUCCAGAAGCAUUUGGAAAAGCAGAUCGAAGAGCAUGGGCGACAAGGCGGGCCAUCUGGGCCACAGCUCCCUAACACCCGGGCUGGCUCUCUCAGAGGUGGCCCCCGCCCUGGUGAAGCUAAGCGUCCCCCCAGCUUGUUCAGGGCCCUGUUGCAGAGUAUGCGGAGGCCCCGGUGCUGUUCCCGGGCUGGCCCCACAGCCGAGUGAGCCACCCUUCACCCUACCCUGGCCCUGGGUCCUCCCCACUCCUUUUUAUAAAUCUACACCAGUGUCUUGUGGUUUCUCAGGCAACACCUCACCUCCCACACCCCGGUCCCCCACUCUCGCCUCCUGCCGAAGCCUCUGAAGAGUGAAUCACUCUCUUUUACAGAACCAUGCUGGGGGUCAGAGGCAGUCUGAUCCCAAAGCACCCAGGGGAGGUCCUCUGGCCAGCCUGUAGUCACCCCUGCCCACUGUGCCUGGCUUCCCCCUUCCUCCCCCAUGCCUUCAGUCCUGGAGGAAUGGGUUCACCAAGGAACUAAACAUGGGCCAGGGGCCACUGGGAAUCUGCUCAGCCCGACUCCCAGCCUGGGCCCCAGGUGUCCUCCCCACUGCCCUUUUGAAGGCGCAAGCCCCAGCACCUGCACCCGGUUGUGUCUCUGAUGCCAAGGUUCUCCUCUCCCCAUCUCCCCCCAACCUCAGGCCCCAGAGGUAGAGAGUGGUCUUCUGGAUCCUGGGCUGCCCCCUCCCCACACCUCCUUGACUGAGCCCCUGAGGUAGGGAGGGGAGAAGGGACCAUAAAACCCUGAUCAUAGUGGACUUUAUUCCCGUGUACUCUAAAGUUGGCAAAGUGUUUUACAUCUGUUGUCUCUCUUGGUCCUCACAAUGGCUCUGUGAGGUAGGGGAGACGGCAGGUAUUAUCAAUUCCAUUUUACACAUGAGGAAACAGGCUCAGAGAGCUAAGUAACUUGCCCUCAGUCUCUUAGGUAGGAAGCGUCAGAGGCAGGAUAUGAAUGCAGGUCUCCCCUGAUUCUAAACCCAGUGCCACACUGCCUCUCCUACAGGGCCCUAGAUAGGGUGAUGCAUGAGAAAUAGGGACCAUUUGGUAGCAAGGUCUGUAUGCAUGUGGGGCCCUGCUGUAAGACCUUAAGUGAGAAUGGAAGUUCUCAUGUGUGUGAGGCUCUCUGCAUGUGUAAGACCCCAAGUGCACUGCCUUAAAGCUACCAGUAUUUCUCAAAUGGCCAGAGGGUCCCCAUUCCUGAACCUCUCAGCAGCCAGGCCAGCUGUGGCUUAUUCAAGGGAAGGGGUGUAGACGCUGAUGGCAGGCCCCCUGAAGGAGCAAGUAAGGGCCUGGAAUGGCCCCUUACCUCUUCUUGGUCUAUGCCACAAAGGUUGGGCUGGGGUCACCAGAUGUUUCUUCUGACCUUCAUCACUUCCUGAUUAGAGAGACAGAGAAACACCCCAAGCCUUUUCCUGAUUCCCCCAAUCAUAAUUUAUUCCCAAAUGCCUAGGGCAUCUAAAGGGAGCUGCUAUUAAGACAGCCCAGUCCUCCCCCCAAACAAUUGCUGUGCCUAAGGCACCUGAGGAGUCCCCCAGACCAUGUCAGGGCUCCUAGAUAGUCAGGGGUUCACAGAUGGGUGCCAGGGCUUAUAAACUGUGUAGGAGGUCACAGACAGUGAACACAGACAUGUUACAGGCUUAUAAAGCAUCAUAGAUCAAUUAUGAGCUUUUCAACAGUCUGGAGCUACAAAUAGAUUGGGGCUCACAGGCAGGAAAGGGUUCAUGGAUCAGGGAGCGACAGACUGUUCAAAGCUCACAGUGUGAGAUGACAAAUUGGUUAUGGAAUACACUGGUGAGGGUUCAAAUCCUGACAGGCUGAGGGAGAUUACAGAUAAAAUCCCUAAGCCCUGAGCCAAGGCAGCUAUCCCUUUAAAGGCAUCCUAUACCCCCUCGACAAAACUGCUCCCUGCCCUGGGUUCUCCUGCUUCUCUCCUUUCUUCUGCUUGUCAUCUCCUGUCUCCUGGGUGUGGUGUGAGCUCACCCUACCAUUUGUAGUGACCAAACCGUAACUCCUCAUUCCAGUGCCUGACAACUGUCCUACCCCAACUCCCCCUGCCCAUUGUUUCGGGGUACAAUUUGUCAACCUGUACAUUGGUAAUAAAAUAUUUCCCCAAA